AUGGAGAUGGCACAGAAACGAAAAGCAGAAGAGAAGAACAUCAACACAAUAAAGUUAGUUUUUUUUUUUGAAAGGAACAAAAAAGGCAUCCUAUUUAGGUUUUUCCUAAACUGUUUUCGAAAGCGGUAGAAAAAAAGUAAUUGUCAAUUUUCAGAGAGCUCGCUCACCUCCCAGAAAACAAAAAAUGCUGCGAAUGCGGUCAAAUCGGUCCAACCUACGUCGAUCUCACCGUUCUUUCUUUUUGCUGCACAUCCUGCUCCGGACUACUGUAAAUCUCUCUUUUCCAAUUUUAUUUGGACGAAAAUUUCGGUUCAGAAGAGGAUUGAAUCCACCGCACAGAGUGAAAUCUAUCAACAUGUCCACUUUCUCCAAUGAAGAGGUUGAGAAGCUCCGAUCCGGGGGCAACGAGGAAAAUCAUAAAACUUGGAUGAAGAGCUACACCGGGCCGAAAAUGAGCUCCCUCAAAAAGUCCGAUGUGCAGGAUUAUCUGAUUAAGGUUUGAAGCUUUUUUUUCAAUUUUUUCAUAGUUUUUUUUUUGUAGAUUUGGCUUUAUUUCACUCGAACAAUUUUGAAAAGGUGGAUAGAUCGUAAUUCAAAACGGCAACUUACGCCAACCCAGCAACAAUCCUGAUUUUUUAAUUUUACCCUAUAAUCAGCCAAAUUUUGUACAUAGAAAAAUUUCACUCAGGCGGCCGAAAAAUUUUGAGAAUGUGAACGAUCUUCUUCCACAGCUGUGAUAUUACGGAGAAACUUUUUUGGGGAUUUCGCAUACGGUAACUUCAGAAAUACGAGAAAAAGAGCUGGUACGCUUCCCCAUCUGCCACAGCUGCAAGCACUCCUCGUACAAUUCUGAAAACCGACGGCAAAGCAGCUGUCAAUGUAAGUUUUUUCAAAACGUCCCUCUUUGAACUAUUUUUUUUUAGUCCCACUUCGACCUUCUCUCGGGGUUUUCUACAAUCAGCGAGCCCUACCCAUCGGAUGCCUUCACUUCGAGGGUUAGUUUUCAUGUUUUUAUCACCCAUUCUUCUGUUUUUAGAGUGAUGACCGAGCAUUUUCCCCACCAAACUUCAGUGCUCCAGCUCCUCCUCCACCUAUGGCUCCUCCUAAUUAUCUUACUCUCUCUGCUCGAUCUCAAGACUUCCCUCAACAUGCCAAGACGACCGACUUUUCCUCCAACUUAUUCGAUGAUUUUGAUGAGAAAUUCUCUCAGUUCAAUGUUAAUGGGGGAAGCAAUGCGUUUGGUGAGAUUCUUUAUUUUUUUUUCAUUCUGAUAAAUUUUUAGGAGAUAAAAUCCCUCGAUCAACGACUAUGCCAGCACUGCCGCCACCGGUGUUGCCUCAAAUGGUUAGUUUCUUUUCUUUUUGUUGAUUUUGACAAAAAAAAAUUUCAGGCAUCUAGAGGCCCUCCUCCACAGCCAGCGCGACCUGUAAGUUUAUACAUUCUGAUAAUAUUUCAAAGCUCUUAUUUUAGCACCCACAGCAAUUACUUCAGCAACAACAACUUUUCCAACAGCAGCAAUACGGAAAUAGAAUUCCUGGUUCAUUAGUUAGUCCCACUUUCCAUCCAAAAAAUAAUUAAAAAUGGCUCAUUUCAGUCAUUAGGAAACGGCUUAACGGGACUCAGCUCUCAGGGCUUUGGAGCGCCGGUAAUUUUUUAUAAUCUUCUUCUCAAAUUUUCGUCAUUUUCAGAGUUCUUUCUCUCAGGCGCAACCCACCAUCAACGAACAAAUCAACGUAAUAAUCACUCUUGACUUUCUGGAUCAAUAAUAUUUUUUAGCCGUUCAACACACCGGCUCCAAUGGCGUCAACGCAAGCAACGUCUUCCCGAAGCGAAACAGACAAAUACAGUGCUCUCGCCGAGUUGGACAAGGCUAGUGGGAUCUCACACUUCUCUUUGAACACGUGGCUUUCAGAUUUUCCACACAGAUCCAAAACCCACUACAGACACGAAUAAUGCUUGGAUGACCGCAGGUAAGACUCUCCUUUUUCAGUUUUUGGGCUUCAGUGGUGUUUUAGAGAGAUUGAAUAUAAAAAAGGAUGGAGAUUUAGUUAUAAAAUAUUGCAUUAUUUCAGCUCAUUCUGAAGUGAGCGACAUGCGAAACAGCAAAACAUUCGACCAAGGUUUCCCUCACAGCGCCACGCUCCAAAACAUCACAGCUUUUCAAUCCUCAGGUUUGCGGAGAAUAUGAUUAGAAAGAAAAAUAAAUUUCCAGGAUUCUUAAAUAGCAAACCAGUCAAUGGACAACAAUUCUCAUCGAAUAAUUAUCAGCUCAAUGUGAGUUUUUAUUAUUUUUGGUUAUAUUUUGAGCAAUAUUUAAAUUUUCCAGCACACCAACAACAUUCCAAACUCGACAUCUUGGAAUCCGUUCAUCUAG